AUGGUCAAUUGGCAAUCUGAAACCGAGAUCGAGGCCGACUCAGUCGCCUUCAGCAGGUUCAUGCAUGCGCUCCUCGGCCUGUAUUGUUGGGAGUUCUUCAGCUCCCUCCUAUUCGAUUGGGAUUACAUAUCAGGCAAGCGCAAGUUCAGAUGGCCAAUGAUAUUCUAUUUCGCCGGCAGAUAUUUCCUGCUGUUCGCGCUCGUUGGCAUCGCGAUCGCGCUUGACGUUACCAAGGAGGUUAACUGCCAGGCCUUGUACACCUACAACCAGGUCUUUGGUAACUCGGCGAUCGGUCUCGCGAGCAUCAACCUUUCUAUUCGCACUAUGGCUGUGUGGUCGCAGGCGUUGUACAUAGUCAUACCCCUCAUCGCGGUCAUCCUCGGGCACUGGUCGCUCCUUUUGCACGGUAUCUAUAUCAAGGCAGCAUGGAUCUCCGGCCAAGGCUGCGCAAUCACGAACACGAACAACAAGCUUCUCGCUGCCACGUUCAUCUACUCCAUGGCCUUCGACUUUGCCGUGCUCAUGCUGACCGGGUGGAAGCUCGCGUUCCCGGGCAACAGCCGCCGGAAGCAGAGCAAGAUCAUGCAGCUGGUCUUUGGUGACGGUUUGAUUUACUUCUUCGUUGCUUUCCUGGCGAAUCUGCUAGCGACGAUAUUCAUGCUGUUGAACUUGAAUGCCGUCAUGUCGAUCAUCGCCAACGUUCCCGCGGCAAUCGCGUCCACCAUCGUGGCAUGUCGUGUCGUGCGCCGGCUCGCGACGUACACGUCCUCUAGUGUCGAAAUUUACGGGUGUGUCACUUCCGUCGUUUUCUCACUUUCCGGCGUAAACUCGACGAUCGCGUUCAGCAGCGGGAACCGCAGCCGGACGGUCAACGCGACGGAGAGCGUGCCGUCCGACCCGAGCUUCGUGCAGUACGACGCGACGGGGCGGGUCAUGAAGGGCGACGUGGAGAGCUACAUCGUGGACAGCCCGAUGAUCGCGGGCGACGACGAGUACAAGCGGCCGGAGUAUUGA